UCUAAGUGGUGAGGAGGUGGAGCACACUUACUUGCUGUGCUGAAUUACCGCUAUGGACGACUAUCCCAUGCUCGCCUUCUUGGCUCUCUCCGUUGUAUGGGAGCCACUGUUCCGCAUUGUUUUUCCGCUGGGAUUCUACCGGACUGUUAGACACUGUACCACGACCAAAUCCGGUAUGACCACACGGCCAUACUCAGCAGCAGAAGAGGCCCAAAUUGCUGAGAAGUUGAGGGAGCAGAGAGAAAGGAAGGAGGCAAAGAAGAAGCAAAAGGAGGAGGAUUUGAAGAAGAAGGUAGAAGAAGAGAAAAUAAAAAUGGAGGAAGAAAUGAAGAGGAAGGAGGAGGAAAUGAAAAAACAAAUGGAGGCGGAAGAAGAAGAAGAAGAAGAAAGUUUGGUGAGAAGAGAAAAGGGUGACGGUGCAGAAAGUGGCCAGGCGAGCCACUUACAAAUCCACCAAGGCGGCGAGGGGGAAUGGAUGGAGAGAUUUGGGUUCCACAGUGAAAUGCCCGAUGAGGACGAGAAGGAGAAGCAGGAAUUUGAAGCAAGGUUGGAGAAGGCCGAGCCUGAGGAGAGGAUAGGCGGCGGUGGUGGAGGAGGAGAUGGUGGAGAUCUGGGAGAUGAAGGAAAAGGAGGAGAUCGAAAAGGAGAUGUGAACCGGAAGGGGAAUGAACAGCAAACUGAAGGAGGAGAAAGGAGGGAGAAGACGAAGGUUAAGGUCCCGUGGACCUACAACGGGAAGAAAGAAGAGAACUUUUUGUGUUGGCAGGCAGCAAUGGACACAUACCUGUAUGCGCAGUUAAUCCUUUACCACGACCGUGUGUUGAUGGCCAGUUCAUGUCUUGGAGGGGACGCUGCCAACUUCGCCUUAUCCUUGAUGAAUGCAGCGGGUUGCUCGUCGAUGGUAGAGUAUUCCCAACGCAACCGCAUAGAGGACUUUAUGAAAGCUCUCAAGGAAAGGUUCGAGGACAAGAACCUGGCCCGGCAUACAGAGUACCUGAUUCUCAACAUCGGUAAUCGCAGGUGGAAGAGUGUGUCCGCUUUGAAGUCCACAAUGGACGAACUGUUGCAGUGUCCCGAUCACGGAUUGACUCCCACGCAGAUUCUGAACAACUUCGCAAGGGCACUUUCCGAUCCUUUGAAGUCCCAAUUGUACGCCCAGACAAAGGAAGAGGGCAUGACGUAUGAAAAGUUCAGCAAGAUUGCUGUAGACCAGGCCGGUUUCCUUCAAGAAGCAAAUUACUGUCAUUAUUGGAAGGAUUUGCAAAAAGGGAACCGAUGGAAGAACAAGACCAUAUCCGGUAACAUCGAGGGGAAGGACGGCCUUCUAGUUACAUUUGAGGAGGGGGGAGUGGAGGCUCUACCCUACGAAAACAUAGAUUACGGACUGGAAGACCCGAACAGCAACCAAUUAGCCCAGGGAGGGGCCUAUGCGGCUGUUGCAGCCCGCGGGGGAGGGCGACAAGCAGGUAGAGGAGGCCGAGGUAGAGGAGGUCGAGGAAGAGGUGGAGGUAGAGGACGCGGCACCCAAGGGAGUAGCAGCGAAGGUAGCUACUACGUGGGAGGUAGGGGUAAUGGUUCCCCGCAAGGUGGACGUGGUUCUCCCUUCACAGGAGGAAGAGGUAGAGGGCGCAAGCCAUGGCCAGCCCAUCCCGGGAUUGCUGAUGGCGAGSCCUGGAMGGAGAUGGGCAUYGACCAGACAGUGUGGCAGAAAAGGCUGAACGUCAAUCAAUGCUUGAAAUGUGGUGAUCCUCAUCACAUUGUCUGUUUUUGCCCCGACUACCGCUACCCAAAAGGGAGCAGCCAGUAGGGGUGGCAGCUGCUCCUACAUGGCCUUCAGACUUAGACAGACAGAUAGAAGCGCGCGCUGAACAGGCACCCUCCUGUCUGAAGAGCCCAAUGGCAGAAGCUGAUGCAGGCCCCCACCUAGAUGGCUGUCCAGAGACCGCUUGUGCUAGGGUCUCUCUAGGUGGUUCCCUCGCAGGCAUUGGUGAUGAGCUGAUCACUCGUCGCCCCGCCUGGGAUGAAAUGAAGAAGAGAAGAGGACAGCUAAUUUUGGGAGAUGUAGAGAUUAAUCGAACACGAGUAGGAGCCUUAGUGGAUAGUGGCUCUACGCGUAGUUUUAUUAGUAGAAGAGGACUGAAGAAGUUGCACUUAGGAAUAAAGGUGCAGAAGUUGA